AUGGACACCGGUGGUAGCAGGGAGGACCCGUACUGGUUGGGGAUUAGGGAGUCCUUGCCGUUCACAGGUAAUAGGAUGAAGAAGGCAUCCAGUGCCAAGGUCAGACGAUGGAACUCGGUGAGGAAUGCCGUGGUGGUGGCCUUGGUCAUGACCGUGACAAUGCCACCCAUCCUCUUCAUCUACAGUGGUCACCUUGAUCUCGAUGAGCCGGCCGUGUGGAUACAAUCCACAGUGGCCGGCUUAGGAGCUCGACGACGAGUUGGAGAGCCAAAGAAAUACGAGCUUUUGGGUGGUCUGCUACCUCCAGGAUUGGACGACCAGUCCUGCGACAGCCGAUACCAGUCAGUGCACUACCGCAAGAACAUGACGCGCUCACCCACGCCGUAUCUCAUCAUGCGGCUGCGGCAGCAGGAGAUUCUGCAGCGGCGGUGCGGCCCAGGCACCGAACCAUACACGAGAGCCUCGCAACGGCUGAGAUCCGGGCAAAAAAACGUGGACGCCGUCGACGGCUGCAGCUACCUGGUGUUGCUGUCUCACCGGGGCCUCGGCAACCGGAUCCUCGCCACAGUCUCGGCAUUCCUCUACGCCAUGCUCACCGACCGCGUGCUGCUCGUCGACCGCGGGAAGGCCCUAGGCAAGCUCUUCUGCGAGCCUUUCCCAGGCACGACGUGGCUGCUGCCGCUCGACUUCCCGCUGAAGGGCUACAAGGACCUGGGCGAGGAGGCGGCGGAGAGCUACGAGAACGUGAUGCUGGGCAACAACACCGGCCCGGCGUCGGAGCACCGCUUCGUGUACAUCCACCUCGACCACGCCGCGAGAGCGGCGAACAGGCUCGUGUACUGCGACGACCACCUGCAGUUCCUCCACCGGGUGCAGUGGGUGUUCCUGAGGACGGACAGCUACAUCGCGCCGAGCUUCUUCCUCAACCCGGUGCACCAGAAGGAGCUGGACCGGAUGUUCCCCCGCAAGGACUCCGUGUUCUACGUCCUCUCUCGCUACCUCCUCCACCCGACGAACGGAGUGUGGCGCAUGGUCACACGGUUCUACGACGCUUACCUCAAGGACGCUGACGAGCGGCUGGGCAUUCAGAUCAGGGUCUGGGACGGCGACAGGCCGUUCCAGCACAUCUUGGACCAGAUCCUGGCAUGCACCGCGCAGGAGCAUCUGCUGCCGGCGCCGGGGGUGGCAGCGAGCGCCGGAGGAGCGCGAGCACGGCCUCCUCCGACGCAUGCAGGUGCGCGUGGGCGAUCGAAGGCCGUCCUCACCACGGGCCUGGACGGGUGGUACCACGACAGCAUCCGGGAGAUGUAUCGGCGGUCGCCACCCGCUAGCGGCGAGGUGGUCAGCGUGCACCAGCCUAGCCGCGAGGAGCACCAGCGCUUCUUCAAGGUGAAGCACGACAUGAAGGCACUGGCCGAGAUGUACCUGCUGAGCAUGACGGACCAGAUCGUCACCACUGGCUGGUCGACGUUCGGGUACGUCGGCGCCGCGCUUGGCGGGCUCACGCCCUACAUCAUGAUGAAGCCGAAGAACCGGGUUGUGCCCAACCCGCCCUGCGUACGGUCCAUGUCCAUGGAGCCGUGCAAUCAUGGGCCGCCGUACUUCGAAUGCACCAGGAAAGAAUACCAUAAAGUCUUCCACACCGGUAAUACGGUGCCCCAUCUUCAGUCUUGCGAAGACAUACCUUGGGGAGUGAAACUCACUGAGCCCAUGGCCUACAAGGAGGCGUAG